AAGAAGCAGUAUAGCCAGACGUAGUCGGUUUUAGUUGCAGUUUGAACGUGAACGGCAUCGGUUUAACGAUUUCUCGAAACUUUUCCGCGUACUGUUUUCUCUUCCCCUCUCCCCUUCCCGAUCCCAACGAGAUUUAUUGAUCAACAAACGAAUACGUUAGUUCCUGGAACGUUUUUGAAAAUUUCAAAUAAUUAGAUUUUACAAACAAAGACAUGGCUCAAGUUUAUACAGGUCCACUAAUAAUAGUUGAUAUACUCUGGACGUUUUUAAAAGUAAUUUAUUGUAUUGGUGAAGCUAUAUAUAAAUUACUCGUACCUAUGAAAGAAAAAGAUGUUAAAGGUGAAAUCGUUUUGAUAACCGGUGCUGGUCAUGGAAUUGGAAAAGAACUUGCAUUGAAAUAUGCUUCUUUAGGAGCUACAGUUGUAUGUUGGGAUUUAAAUAAAGAAUGUAAUGAAGAAACAGUGAAGGAAAUUAAAAAAAUGGGUGGUACAUCUGCUUAUGCUUAUACAUGCGAUGUAUCGAAGAGAGAAGAAGUAUUAAAAGUUGCCGAAAAGGUCAAAGAAGAAGUUGGAAAUGUUACAAUAUUAAUUAACAAUGCUGGUAUAAUGCCUUGUCAUUCGUUUUUGAAUAAUACACCAGAAGAAAUACGAAAUGUAUUUGACGUCAACGUAUUGGCUCAUUUUUGGGUAUUGCAAGCUUUUUUGCCGAGUAUGAUAGAGAAAAAUCAUGGUCAUAUUGUUGCAAUUUCAUCAAUGGCUGGUAUGGUUGGAUUAUCCAAUUUGGUACCAUAUUGUGCAUCCAAAUUUGCAGUUAGAGGUUUUAUGGAAGCACUUAGUGAAGAAUUGCGUGAAUAUUUCAAGGGUAAAACUUGUAACAUAAACUUUACAACUAUUUAUCCAUACAUGGUGGACACUGGCCUCUGUAAGAAGCCUAGAAUAAAGUUCGAGAACUUCUUGGCGAUGCUUUCACCGAAAGAGGUUGCUAAUUUAAUAAUCAAAGCACAAAGAAUGAACUGGUUAAACAUAUCCAUUCCUAGAUACCUUUUUGGACUUAACACAAUAACUAGAAUUUUUCCUGACAAAUCAGUAAACUAUUUAAAAGACUUUUUUGAUACUGGUGUAGAAGCAAAUUAAUAAGUUGUUAAUAAUGAUAAGAAAUAUUUCAUUAUGUAUUUAGGUUACAUAUAUAUAUAUAUAUAUUAAUUCAGUAGAAUAUUUGACAUAAAUUAAAUUAUUGAAUGAUUUUGAAUGCUGUAAUUGAAUUAUGUGCGAAAGUUUACGUAUUAAUUAUUUUUUAUUUAAAGAUUUUAAAUAACUGAUAAGAGUUUUAUGAUU